GUAUGCGACGUGACAUGUGUUGCUGUGGUUUGGAGGACUUAGUGGAAAAAGAAGAAGAAGAAGAAGAAGAAGAAGAAGAAGAAGAAGAAGAAGAAGAAGAAGAAGAAGAAGAAGAAGAAGAAGAAGAAGAAGAAGAAGAAGAAGAAGAAGAAGAAGAAGAAGAAGAAGAAGAAGAAGAAGAAGAAGAAGAAGAAGAAGAAGAAGGAGAAGAGAAAAACACACACACACACAUGAAGUCCUUUUCAGACCCUGUUUUUUUUCGGGCGGGUGCUCCAAAAUCGAGCGCCUAACUUUCACGGGCAAAUUGGGCCAAUAUACGGUUAACUCGUAG